AUGAUACUUGAUGCAAUAUUACAAGUAGAUCUAAAUCUUAGACAGAAAUUAUCUGAGAAUUUGUUAUUAAUUGGUGAAACAACUAUGAUACCAGGUUUCAAAGCCAGAUUAAAAGAAGAACUAGAGCAUCAAUUGAAAAAUGAACGGUACAGCAAAUUACAUUUGAAAGGACUUGGCUUUCAUUCUGCUCCGUGCAAAGAAAAUUAUGCUGCACAGCUAGGAGGUGCAAUAUAUGAGGCAACUGAGCUUUUGAACAUGAAGGCAGUUACAAAAGAAAUUUAUUUCAAAACAACAAAUUACCUGAUUGGGUCCAUUUAA